GCAGCGGCAGGAUGGGGCUGGAGCUGUACCUGGAUCUGCUCUCGCAGCCCUGCCGCGCUGUCUACAUCUUUGCCCGCAGCAACAACCUCCCCCUCGAGUUCAAACAAGUGGAGCUGCUGAAGGGACAGCAAAAGACAGAGGAGUUCCGGAAGGUGAACCUGCUGAUGACAGUCCCUGCACUAAAGGAUGGUGCUUUCACCUUGGCUGAGAGCAUUGCCAUCCUCCUGUACCUGGCCCGGAAAUUCAAAACUCCUGACCACUGGUACCCAGCUGACCUGCAGAAGAGGGCUCGGGUUGAUGAGUACCUGUCCUGGCAGCACACCAGCAUUCGUGCAAAGGCAAGCACCAUCCUGUUACACAAGAUGCUGAUGCCUAUCCUCACAGGCAAGCCAGUUCCUGCAGAGAAAAUGCAAAGUUUAACUGAGGACCUGAAUGUGGUCCUCAACCAGUUUGAGGAGAAGUUCUUGGAGGACAAGCCCUUCAUCGCUGGCACUGAGGUCUCCCUGGCAGACCUUCUGGCUCUGGAGGAGUUGGUGGAGCCUCUAGGUGUUGGCCACGACCCCUUUGAGGGGAGGCCGAAGCUGACAGAGUGGCGCAGGAGGGUGGAAGGGGCAGUGGGGAAGCAGCUCUGCCAGGAAGCUCGUCAGGUGCUGCUGAACCCCAGCAACUUCUCUGCUGAUAAGAUCCCACCUGAAGUGCUGGAGGGUUUGAAGAAGUACCUAAAUUUGUAUCCAUUGCCCCUCGUCUUCUCGAGAAGAAGUCCUCUCAGUGAAGAGACUGUCCCCUUCUUCACACCCACCCUUAAUGUACUGAUAAACAUUGGCCCCCCCAAGCAGCGGACUACGCUGCCCCACGACCCCUCCUCGCACCAGGACGGGCACUGGGGCUGGAGAACGACUUCUCGCCGCCGCCGGCGCUGCCCGGGGGAGGGCCCCCAGCCGCCUCCCUCCCGUGCACGGCUCGGCCCCCGCCUGCCCACGCGGGGCGGCUCCGGGCGGCGGCGACAGUGA